GCGGAAAUCCCGGAGCAACAAUCGUUGGGUAGGCCAAGCAUAUUGAUCCGACAGUAAUGAAGCGGUACUGUGGACAUUGUGGGCGCUGUGCUGUAACGUUAUCCCGGAUUUUCGGGGAUGCAUCGGCUGGAACGAGGCAAGUACAGACAUUUAGCUCGGUCAAGCUAACACGGCCAACUUCCGAACACCUCAAGUUCUUGUGAAGUCUUUGAAUUUACAGCUUGUUCAUACUAUCUAUCCUCUGUCGGAAAAAAUCUUUCUGGCACCGAAACGGGGAACAUUAUGGCUUCAAAUCCCCCUGGAGAGUGCUGUGCGAAAGGCACAAAGCAUGAAGGCGAACCAAAGGGCGAAUUCAAGUUGGUCGACGGAAUCGACACAUACCUUGCCCACCCCGCGUCUGGCAGUACCAAGGACGCUAUCGUCAUCCUUACCGACAUAUUUGGCCACAAAUUCGUCAACGUUCGUCUGAUCGCGGAUUCGUUCGCCGAGAGAGGCUACUUUGUUGCAGUGCCAGAUCUGUUCAACGGCGAUCCAGCGCCGUUGGAUCGCCCGGCAGGCUUCAAUGUCAUGGAGUGGUUGAAGAAUGGACACACUAUGAAAGAGGUAGAUCCCAUUGUCGAGCGGGUUAUCUCGGAUCUGAAGACUACUCAUGGGGUAGAGCGACUUGGCGGUGUCGGCUACUGCUUUGGAGGAAAGUAUGUGACGAGGUUCUUGAAGGCCAGCAAGAUCGACGCCGGCUUCAUUGCUCAUCCAAGUCACGUAUCCGUCGAAGAGGUGGAGGCAAUUGAGGGACCACUCAGCAUCGCUGCAGCAGAAAUCGAUCCCAUAUUCCCAGUGCAGAAACGACGGGAGACAGAGGAUAUCCUCCUCAAGAAAGACAUCAGAUGGCAGAUGAAUCUGUUUUCUGAUGUCGAGCACGGCUUCGCCGUUAAGGGUGACCUUACCAACUCGCACAUUCGUUGGGCUAAGGAGCAAGCCUUCUUGCAGGCAGUGCAGUGGUUCGAUGAACACGUCAAGAAACAUUAAAGGAUACAAUACUCUGUAGCAUGGUAAAAUGAGUUGCGAAGACUCAUGGCGAACGAUUAUAGACCAAUAGCAGGAAUUAUCCAGCUUGUCACAAGCUGUAAACGGUACAAAA